UCAUUCACUCCUGCCCCCUGGUCUUCCCCUCCAUGGCAAUGCCCCUCCUCCUCCUCUCUGUCUUCCUCUUGUUAUCCUCCGCCUCCGCCAACAAGUACAACGUCGGCGACGAAAAGGGCUGGAACCCCGGCGUCAACUACACUCUCUGGGUCAACAAGCACCGCCCCUUCCACGUCGGUGACUGGCUCGUGUUCUACUACCAGUCGGGCAUGGCGGAUAUUGUGCAAGUCGACGAAACGGCGUACGACAAGUGCGAUGCGUCUCAUCCGAUCUCUAAUUACAGCAAGGGGAGAAGCUAUGCCUUCGAACUUAACCAGACUAAGCGGUAUUACUUUAUUUGUAGCUUUGGGUAUUGUUAUCAGGGCAUGAAGGUUUCUGUUCUGGCGCAUCCCCUUCCUCCUCCUUCUCCUCCUCCAUCCGCUGAUCAUUCUGCUGCUCGUCGCACGAGGAUUCUUUCCAGUUCUAUAGCUGGAUUUGCUAUGGCUGCCAUCCUUCGGUUUCUAUUUUGAGCUAUUUUGAGUGAGUGAUUUCUAGGAAUUUUUAAUCGAUUUAUUAUUGUUGCUAGGGUUUGGAUUUGGUCCGAUUUAUGAAUUUUUCUUUAUUUUUCUCUUUGUUCUUGUACUUGCAAUUCAAGUGUGCUUUAGAUUUGGCAAAAUGUCGUGGUUUAAUUGUUACUAAAAUUUUAAAAUUAUUAGGCAUUGUUCUUUUUUUCCCUCUCCA